AUGGGAGUCUGGACCUUAGGCACCAACAUCUUCUCAAGCCUCUGGGAGACGUAUGUGUCUCCAAGAAGCCCUGGAUGGAUGGCCUUUACCCAACACGUGGGCGUUUGCUGUUUUGUCGCUUUCAUUUCCGUGGGCCUCCUCUCUGGGGCCUUCUGCUGGUUCCUGUCCUCACUCAUCGUCUUCAUCACCUCCUGGAUGGCCACGUGUGUUCUGCUGUGCUGCUCCAAGCACGCACGGUGCUUCCUUCUGCUGUUCUUCCUCUCGAGCGGCCUGCGUGAAGGCAGGAACGCUUUGAUCGCUGCCGGCACCGGGGUGGUCAUCUUCGGACACGUGGAAAAUAUCUUUCACAACUUUAAAGGGCUCCUGGACAGUAUGACUUGCAACCUGAGGGCAAAGAGCUUUUCCAUCCAUUUCCCACUUUUGAAAAAAUAUAUCGAAGCCAUUCGGUGGUUGUAUGGCCUUGUCACUCACCUGAGUCUAUUUGAUGACCUUGUGUCUUGGAACCAGACCCUGGAGGUCUCGCUUUUCAGUCCCAGCCAAGCCCUGGAGGCUCAGCUCGACGGCGCCACGGACAGAGCCCUGGGGGUCUUGUACCAGGUGGUGACGGCGACGGAGGCGCUGUGCUCCCUGGGGCGGCAGGUCCUUGCCCUCACGGCGCUGCUGCUGCUACUGCUUGGCACCGGCCUCUUCAUGAAGCGAUUCUUGGCCCCUUGCAGCUGGAAGUUUGAGAACAUCUACCUCACCAGGCAAUUUGUGCAGCUGGAUGAAAGGGAGAGGUGUGAACAGAGGCCCUGUGUCCUCCCGCUGAAUAAGCAGGAAAGGAAGAAGUAUGUCCUCGUCCCGUCUUUCUGGCUGACUCCUAAAGACAGGAGGAACCUGGGGCUCUUUUUCUUCCCGGUCCUUACCCACCUCUAUAUCUGGUUGCUGUUUGCAGCUAUAGAUUAUCUGCUAUACUGGCUCAUUUCCUCCAUGAGCAAACAUUUCCAAAGCUUGCCAGGGCUCGAGGUGCACUUGAAACUGCACAGACAGGAACAAGGGACUCAAGACAUCAUCCAUGAUUCUUCCUUUAAUAUAUCUCUGUUUGAACCGACCUGCAUCCCUAAACCGAAGCUCCUUCUGUCUAAGACCUGGAUUCCUCUCAGCAUCAUCCUUGUGAUACUAGUGACACUAGGACUGUUGUCCUCCGUCCUGAUGCAACUUAAAAUCCUGGUGUCAGCAUCCUUCUACCCAAGCGUGCAGAGGGAGCGCAUGCAAUACCUCCAUAAGAAGAUACUGAAGAAAAGAUCAAAGCAGCCAGUGGGAGAAGUAAAAGGGAAACUGAGUCUGUGCUUUACAAAGAUUCAUUUCUGGCUUCCGGUCUUGGAAGUGAUUGGGAAGAAACAAAUGGACAUUGCCAGUGAAAACAACCCAGAAGAGACCCCACACAGCUCUUCGUCCACCCUGUGCCAGCAAGUCUUCUCAAGGCUACUGACAGCAGCCCGUUCUCAUCCCCAGCAAGAGAGAACUGCACAGCAGGGUCCUUCAGUGGCUUGA